CCUGGUAUCUCACCGCUGCGUCGGUGCAGCCCACGUGGGACGAUUGCCAGCAGCUUUUGCAGGUCCUGUUCACGACUGAAGAAAGAGAAAGAAUCCUCAAUGAGGCCUGAAAACUAGUUCCGGGUGCAGACGGGAAUCCCACCACCAACCAGGCUCAGAUAGAUGCCUUCUUCCCCUUAACUCGGCCCCAGUGAGAUUUCAACAUGGCAGAAGGUAAGGAGAGGCUCCGGGUCUACCGCCAGACUCUAAUGGGGGGUCUCCGAAUGGCUGCUAGAAACCCAACCAAUUUGGCCAAGGUAGGAAAUGUACAACAGGGAAAAGAUGAAUCUCCGGCUGCCUUUUUAGAACGGAUCAUGGAGGCAUUCCGUACCUAUACCCCCAUGGAUACAGAGGCUCCGGAAAGCAAGGCAGCUGUUAUCAUGGCCUUUGUAAACCAAUCGGCCAUAGACAUUAGGAGAAAAUUACAGAAAAUAGAUAGACUAGGAGAAAAAAGUCUGCAGGACUUACUGGUGGUAGCCGAAAAGGUAUAUAAUAACCGGGAGCCUCCUGAGGACAAGCAGGCUCGCGCCAUGGCGGCUGCCAGCAGUAAGCAGACUCGAGACCUGGCCAGAAUACUACUAGCUACCACUGCUGACUUCCCCGAGGAACGAGACUGCCGUCUCUGGCAGCUGGCAGACGACGCAAGAAAAGGUAAAGGAACCACCAAGGGGGGGAAGCAGAGGCUGCAGAAGGAUCAGUGUGCAUACUGCAAGGAGAUAGGGCAUUGGGCCCGAGAUUGUCCAAAAAGGGUCGGCAGGAAGGGAAGCAAGACUGAUCAAGUAAAAAGCCCUAGAGCUAGAUGAACUAAGUGAUUAGGGGAGUCGGGGUUCAGACCCUCUCCCCGAACCCAGGGUAACUCUUAAAGUGGAGGGGACCCCUAUUGACUUCCUUGUCGACACCAGAGCACAACAUUCGGUCCUCCGCACCCCACAAGGAAAACUAGCCAACAAGAAGUCCUGGGUACAAGGGGCAACUGGUAUGAGCCAGUAUUCAUGGACUACCCGAAGAACAGUAGAUUUGGGAAUGGGCCGGGUAUCCCACUCCUUUAUGGUAAUACCAGAAUGCCCCUACCCGCUGUUAGGAUGGGAUUUACUGACCAAGAUUGGAGCUCAGAUAACUUUCAGACAAGGGGGGCCUCAGGUCACCGAUGGCAAGGGCCACCCCAUCCAGGUACUGACCAUGAAACUGGAGGAUGAAUGCCUCCUCCACCAGGAGGCGCUCCCGAUAGAGGAUAAUAUAGACAGAUGGCUACAA